GAUGCCGACUCUUCCGAGCGGGUCCUCAUGGACAUGCGCUGGGGCCUGGUUCCCUCAUGGUUCAAAAAGGAUGACCCCUCCAAAAUGCAGUUCAAUACCUCUAACUGCCGGAGCGACACCAUGCUGAAGAAGUCCUCCUACAAGGGCGCUCUCCUCAAGGGCAAGCGCUGCGUGGUCCUGGCAGAUGGCUUCUACGAGUGGCAGCAGCACAGCGCGGGGAAGCAGCCCUAUUUCAUUUACUUCCCCCAGAGCCAGGACGCCGUGACUGAGGAGAAGGAGGGAGAUGAGGAAUGGAGAGGAUGGAGGUUGCUCACCAUGGCUGGGAUUUUCGACUGCUGGGAGCCACCGUCAGGAGGAGAAAUGCUGUACACUUACACCAUCAUCACUGUGGAUGCCUCCAAGGACGUGAGCUUCAUCCAUCACAGGAUGCCAGCUAUCCUGGAUGGGGAUGAGGCCAUCAGGAAAUGGCUGGACUUUGCUGAAGUGCCAACCCAAGAAGCAGUUAAGCUCAUCCAGCCCACAGAGAACAUUGUUUUCCACCCAGUGUCCACCUUUGUCAACAAUAUCCGCAACAAUGCACCCGAGUGUCUCGCACCCAUCGAGCUGGGAGCCAAGAAGGAGAUCAGAACCACCCCAAGCAGCAAAGUGAUGCUGGGAUGGUUAAAAAACUCCCAGGAGAGCUCUCCUCAGAAGAAAGAAAAUGAAUUGCCCAGGUGGACAAGUCAGUUCAUCCACAGCCCUUCGCCCAAGAAAACCAGUGCAGACGUUCUGCAGCAGUGGCUGGGGAAGGAGGGAAAGCCAGCUGCAAAGAAGCGCAAGGUUUAG